GGGAGGGGGAGAAUCCAAUCCGGUUUGAGCUAGUUUUUCUUCCAAUGGAACAUUAGCGUCUCUCUGCGCUGUAUUACACUGUACUGCAGCCUUAUACUGAAUAUAGCACUGAUUUUACUCUUUACCCUCCAAAACUGAGCGCGUUUUUUCCUUUUUUACAAAGCACCCACACAAACCAACCAUGCCUAAAAGGAGCAAAGCAGCUGCAGCAGGCGACUCAGAGCCCAAAAGGAGGUCUCUCAGGUUGAAAGAUAGACCCGAACCUCCUAAGGCAGAGCCUAAAGCCAAGCCAAAGAAGGCAGCUGGUAAGCCUAAGAAAGCCAAGGAUGUAGAGAAGGCCAAGCCCGAAGAGAAAGCACCUGAGGCACCUGCAGAGAACGGAGAAGCCAAAGCUGAAGAUGAGGCACCAGCUGCAGACGCUGAACAGAAAGAUGAUGCUGAUGAAUAACAUCACUCAAACCACAUCUUUUAACAGUGCUCCCUGUACCUCUUUUCUUGUACAAUUCAGGGGAAUAUUUUUAUCAACUAUUUUCUAAAUACAGGUUUUUUAGUAGUUGGAUUAUAGAGAACACUUUUUUUUAAUGAAAGAAAAAAGUCAAUUUGGAGACGGGAAUUUCAUCAACUCCCACAGUUUUUCAACAUCAUAAAACUUGCAGUUCUCGUUACUAGCAGUGGUUUUCAUUUCAGUUUUAAAUGUGAAGGAGGGGAGGGAGGGGACAGGUUACCGUGUCAAUGCAACACAUCGGUCACAGGAGCUGGGCAUCAGCGGAGAGAGCCUGAGAGGACUACAUUCCAUAUGCUUUAUAAGGGACUGUGCGUAAUCUGUUUUGGGGAGGGGAUGGACAAAGGGCAAGUCAUUGUUUUGUUGUUUAUAAUGAAGAAACAGUGUUUUAGAAUGUUUGUAAGCUUUGUUCCUCUGUGUUAACUCUUGUACUCAUGCAGUUUCUUAAUGAUUUGGUCAAUAAAGCUAAAAUACUAGUGCUGGAGCUCUUUGUCAGAACUGUGCAUCAAGUGUGUGGAUUGUGUGUCUGUUCUGUGAUAGCAUCGCAAUAAAUCUGUAUAGCUGCUGUGAA